AUGGAGACUGCAUAUCUCAAAAGGUGUCUCGGUAUGUGUUUAGCCGAAGGCCUUGCGGAAGUGGCCGAACGUCGGCCAGCAGACCCGAUAGAGUACUUGGCGCACUGGAUUUACAAAUACAGGAAGAAUAUGGAUGACGAUUUCCAGAGGAAAGUGGAGAGGGAGCAACUGGAACGCGAGCGCGAGGAGGCCCAGAAAGAAGUGGAAAUGUUAGAAAAAAUGAAAGAAGAAGAACUUUUGAUCCAGCAGAAGCUUGAAGAAGAGAGACAGGCCGAGCUGGAACGACAACGUGAAGAGCAUGAGAGGCUGGAGAAAGAGCGAGCAGAGGAGCUCAUCAUAGAGCAGAAGAGGAUCGCAGAGAUGGAGGCAAAGACAGCCAUUGAAAAGGAGAAGCCAUCCAAGACCCUGGCAGAGUUAACGGAUAAAUACGGCGCUCCCCAUUUGACUCGGGUCGAGGAGAUAGACGAAAUGGAGCAGUCUGAACAUGCACUUCCAACUAUUGCCGAGUCAGAGGAAGAAGACGUGCUGGUGGGGUAA